AUGACAGUCGAUGGUAGCUACUACUUUUACGCUCCAAACAAGGGAGCGCCGGUCUUCUUCGCGGUAGCUUUCCUCGCGUCCGGCCUGAUGCACUUUUGGCAGUGCUAUCACUACAAGUUCUUCAAAGUCACGGGCCUGUUCUCUUUUUGCUGCCUUCUCUUCACAGCGGGCUUCGCACUUCGGAUCUAUGGCUCAUAUCGCUAUGACGACCUCGACCCGUUCAUCGCGAGCGUCUGUCUCAUAUACGCUGCGCCACCUCUCCUUGAACUCGCAAACUACCACAUCCUAGGCCGCGUCCUCUACUACGUCCCGUACUGCUCCCCCAUCCACCCAGGCCGUGUGCUAAGCACAUUCGCCUUCUUUUCCAGCGUCGUCGAGGCGCUCAACGGCUGGGGCGCAAGCUACUCCGCCAACCGGUCGCUAUCGGAGCGCGAGAGGGAGACGGGUCAUGUGCUGAUCAAGACGAGCCUGCUCCUCCAGAUCUUCGUCAUGGCGUGCUUCGUCGUCUUGGCGAUGGUGUUCCAACGCCGGUGCGCCAAGAUGGGCAUCGCGUCCCGGCGUGGGGUGAGAGGGCCGUUGAUCACGUUGUACGCCAGCGUGCUGCUGAUUUUCACGAGGACUGUGUUCAGGAUCGUGGAGUACUUUGGGGUUGCGAACAUGCGCUGGGAUUCGGAUAUGAGUGUCGAUGACAUCUCACCCGCGAUUCGGUACGAGUGGUUCUUCUACGUCUUCGAGGCGAGCUUGAUGUUGGCGAAUGUGGUCAUGUUCAACUUGAGGCACCCGAGGAGUUAUCUUCCGGAGAAGUACACGGUGUAUCUCGCCAAGGACGGGGCUACGGAGGUGGACGGGCCCGGAUGGAAGGACCCGAGGCCGUUUUGGAUGACGGUUAUCGACCCGUUCGAUUUGAUGGGGGUGUUUCGUGGGCGUGAUCGUAGUCAGGACAAUUUCUGGGAGACGGAGGUUAGCGGACAAGAUUCGACAAAGGGAAGUAAAGGCCCUGAUGCUGUGUAUGCAGAAGUCCGUUCGCUCAUUUCACCCGCGCCCCGCGAGGACGAGGGCGAGGGCGAGGGCGAGGCCCAGAGGAGGCGACACUGGCCGUUACUGGCCGCCAACCCAGUCGACCAUGGCCAUCUCCAUCGCGGCAUCCGACAUGCCAGAUUCGCUUUCGCCCUCGCCGCCGUCGUACUUGGCAUCAUCCCUCUUCGGCCGUAUUCGACGACUCCCAUCUCAUUUCAAACCACAUCUUCGCCCACUCCGCGACCCGAGCUGCCGUCACUUUACCCCAUCAAACGCAUUGUUUCCUAUGGUACUCGCCCGUUGGUUUCGCCCGCGAUAGUUCAUCUGAAGCUCUCGCCAGAUGAACGAGGCGCCGAGGGGCUGUACCUGCACCGUACCUACCGUUUGCUGUGCUGUGUUGUCACUGCUCCUGCAAACCUCACAGACGGCCGACUUGGCCCAAGGCAAACCUCGCUGUUCGAGGACGUGCUCUGCAUCAAACAACAUUGA